CUUUUGACGUCAUUUCCGCACGCCGCCAAACGUCAGUGUCAGGCGCGGGUUUGGGUGGUGUGGUUUGGUCCUAAAGUUCGGUCUCGGAUGUUCUUUGCGAGCUAUGGAGAGUGACUUUUAUCUGCGUUACUACGUGGGUCACAAAGGCAAGUUCGGUCACGAGUUCCUGGAGUUCGAGUUCCGACCCGAUGGGAAAUUGAGAUAUGCCAACAACAGCAAUUACAAAAAUGAUGUUAUGAUCAGAAAAGAGGCCUAUGUACAUAAAAGUGUGAUGGAGGAACUGAAGAGAAUAAUUGAUGACAGUGAAAUUACCAAAGAGGAUGACGCUUUGUGGCCUCCUCCUGACCGAGUAGGCCGGCAGGAGCUUGAAAUCGUCAUUGGAGAUGAACACAUUUCUUUCACAACAUCAAAAAUUGGUUCUCUUAUUGAUGUCAAUCAGUCCAAGGACCCAGAAGGCUUAAGAGUAUUUUAUUAUCUUGUCCAGGACCUGAAGUGUUUGGUCUUCAGUCUUAUUGGAUUACACUUUAAGAUUAAACCAAUUUAGAUUGGAUAUUGGACAUGAGGGGGGUAGGAAUAGUUUUUAAUUACCAUUAUCAGGAAAUUUUUGUGUAUAUCAAGGCAAUAUUUUUUAUAAGCUAUAGUCUAAUAAAUGAUAAAAAUCCAAUUUUUGUUAUUUUUAAAAGA